AAGAAGAGCGGGACUUACGUCAGCACGCUACGCGCCAAAUUUGUACAGUGCGGAAGGAGCAACAUCAACAACACCAGCGGCUCCAGUGUUCUUAACAAUUUGUCGUUUAAUUUUGGCUUUUUUGGCAAACUAUUCGUCUUCAGUAUGUCUCAACAGGCAGGCUAUUCGCCCAGCUUCAAGCGACCGGCUGAAAUUAUGCGAAUGAGGAGGAAAAGAGCCCGAAGCGACGCCGGUGUCUUCUCUAGCCCGAGCGGCCAGGGUUCCACUGGCAGUCCCGGACAAAGCGGCUCAUCCCCGGCAUGCGUUCGGCCUUUCUCCCCGGGACCGCUUUUCAACACCCAGAAUCGCUCCGGAGGUGGGAUAAAACGCAGAAACCCGUUCGCAAAUAUUGAAAAUACUUACAGCCCAAAAAAGAAGUUUCUCAUUCAUAACGACGACGGAAAUGCAGAAGCUGCGGACAGUUACAAGAUGAAGAAGUCGACGGAGGGAGAUGAGGACGUGUCAACACAGUGCCAAGGAGUUUUACCUUUCAGUGCAAGGGUGACCGAGGUAGAAAAGCAGGAGCACCGAGAUAUUUCCAGCAAGGAGUGUGUCCCUUUCUGUGAAGAUGACUCUCUGUUUGAAGAAGAGGAGGAAGAUGUUAAAGGUCCACUUCUGAAGAGUCCUCAGGCCAUUGCUCCUGCCUCCAUAUCUCCUCCCAUCUGCACAGAGUACCCGGCAGACUGGAGCCUGAAGACUCGCCUCCUGUUCACCUCCCCGCUCUCCCUGUCGUGGGCCGAGCACCCCAAAGCCCAGGAGGAAGCUCUGGGGCUCAGCCAGCACUGCAGAGCUCAUUUUAGCACUCUGCCACACAGUGUACAGGAUCCCAGGUCCUGCUCGGAGCUUCGUUGUGCCUUCCGGCAGAGUCUGGUGUACUGGCAGCACCCCUCCCUGCCCUGGAUCUCUCUGUUCCCCAGGAUCAACGCUGAGAGGAGCUUUACUGGGAAGAGCACCCCAUGGGCACAAGACACAGCGCUGCAGCACAGUCUCAUGAGUGAAUGGGCCGUCAGCCUGUCAUCUCUCUACAGUCUGCUGAAGGCCAGACUGUGUCCUUACUUCUACCUCUGCUCCUAUCAGUUUACAGUGUUGUUCAGGGCAGCAGGUGUCGGGGGCUCUAGCAGUAUCACGGCCUUAAUCUCUCCUACAACCAGGGGUCUCAGAGAGGCGAUGAAGGCUGAGGGUAUAGAGUUCAGUCUCCCUCUAAUAGAGGAGAGGAGGAAGAGCAGGGAGCAACAGAACCUGACAGUGCACCAGGGGGAGGAGGAAGAGCAAGAGGAGAAAGCGCAGGAGUGUUCUGAGCUGAAAGAGGGUGAGGCCUGUCGGGCAGGUGAUGAAGGAGAGAAUGAUGGAUACAAUGAUGAUGAAGAUGGCAGCUUCUCCUGGCUGAAGGAGAUGGGAGUCCAGGACAAAAUCAAGAAGCCAGACAGCAUCACCAUACAACUUCGUAAGGAGGGUCACGCUGUGUCUCUGGAUCACAAGCCGGAGUCUGUGGUGUGUGUGGAGGGAUCACACACUUUCACUCUCAUCAACUUCCUCAUCAACUGUAGGAGUGUAGUGGCUGCAGCGGGUUCCCAGGCUGGGUUACCCCCAACACUGCUGGCUCCCGUCGCUUUCAGAGGUGCUACAAUGCACACACUGAAGGCCCGCAGUGUGAAUGUGAAGAGCAGGGUUGGUUCUACUUUCCAGAACAUCAGCACUCUGGAGAUCACAGGGCCUGUCCUCCCGUCCUCUCUCUGCACCGUCGCAACCCUCCUUCGGUCUGCACAGAAAGGAAACUUCUCAGCUGCUCUUUACACACACAUACCCAGCGCUGUCAUGAAUACACACACCACCAAGCAACAGUAUACUGGCGGGUCGGUGGAUCUGUCAGGUUGUGGUCUCCAUCCUGCUUCCAUCCAGCAGCUUCAGCAGCCCUCCAGCCUGGGCAAGACUGCUCUGACUCACAUCAACAUGAACAACUACAGCUACACCUGGAAGAACUGACUGAGGGAAGACUGUGUGCGCUCCUGGAACUAUCAGCCCUCUAAGAACUAGAACGUGUGAGACGGCAACUUCUGUUCUGUUGCACUUCUGAGCUGCUCUACUAUUGUGUUUUACCCAUGUUGAGAUUGCUCUUGUUCAGUUUCACUUUACAAAAGAUGAUCGUAAGACACAUGAAGUUAAACCAGUACUCCUCAGAGUGUAUAUUUCUUUUAAAAAUGCCUUUACAAACUGAUUUUAUUGCAUUGCACUGUAUUUUUAAUCUUUUUUUUUUUUUUUUUUUUAAGCUGUGCUCUUGUAAUUGGCUUUUUUGAAAGUGCACUUCAAUUACUUGUAAUUUGUUUUAUUUUGGAGAAAACUGAUUUAUUUUUUCCAAGGCAUUUUUUUUAAGCGAAUCUUUUAUCAUAUUAAAUUACUGAUGCAUUACAGACACAUGUUUUGAGGUUUCCAGGACUGGAAUGCUGAGGAAAUAAAUACAUUGUCUGUUGAAUUUA